AUGGCAGCUAUAGUUUUGGCCAUCCUUGCUCUCUCUACACUUUGCUCUAUUGAAGCUCAAGAGGGUGGCUUCAGUGUCGAAUUAAUCCACCGUGACUCCAGUAAAUCUCCCUUUUACAAUCCUUUAGAAACCACCUCUGAUCGUGUCACCAAUGCCUUGCGUCGUUCCUUCAAUCGUGUUCAUCGCUUCAAGACGAAUUCUGUUCCAACAACGGCAGCAGAAUCUGAUCUCACUGCCGAUUCCGGUGAAUAUUUGAUGAAAAUAUCACUUGGAACCCCAAGGUUUGAUAUUGUUGCAAUAGCUGAUACAGGAAGUGAUCUUAUUUGGACUCAAUGCAAGCCUUGUUCUCAGUGUUUCAAGCAAGACGCUCCAUUUUUCGACCCUAGUAAAUCGUCAACUUACAGAAAGAUUUCUUGCAGUGCAAGUCAAUGCAUUGAUCUUGAACGCACCUCUUGUUCUACCGAUCAUUCUUGUCAAUAUGCCGUCUCUUACGGUGAUAGCUCUUUCUCAGACGGCGAUCUCGCUGCUGAUACACUCACCUUGCCUUCGACAACCGGCCGACCCGUAGCUUUCCCGAAAACAGUCAUUGGAUGUGGAACCUUCAAUGGUGGAACAUUCGAUGAGAAGACAUCUGGCAUUAUCGGCCUUGGAGGUGGUCAAGUUUCACUAAUUUCCCAAUUGAGAACUUCUGUAGCUGGCAAAUUCUCCUACUGCUUGUUGCCAAUUUCCCAAGCGGGUAAUUCCAGCAAAAUUAACUUUGGCUCCAAUGCAAUAGUUUCAGGCCCUGGAGUUGUUUCAACACCAUUGGUUAAAAAAUCCCCCGACACUUUUUACUUCCUUACACUUGAGGCCAUCACUGUUGGAACCAAAAGAAUAAAGUUCACAGGCUCUUCUUUGGGAUCAGAAGAAGGCAACAUAAUCAUUGAUUCAGGCACUACAUUGACUCUUCUCCCAUUAGAUUUUUACUCAGAAGUUGAAUCCGCCAUGACUAGCCAGAUUAGUGCUAAAAGGAUCGAAGGUCCUGAGGGUUUGAGUUUAUGCUAUAAUGCUAAAGACGAGUUUAAAAUCCCUGAUGUUACAGUGCAUUUUACUAAUGCUGAUGUGAAGUUAAAGCCAUUGAACACCUUCAUCAGGGUUUCCGAUACAGCUAUAUGCUUCACUUUCAAUUCCCUUGAUGAUGUUGCAAUUUAUGGUAACUUGUCACAGAUGGAUUUCUUAAUUGGCUAUGAUACUCAAAAGCAGACAGUCUCGUUUCAGCCCACUGAUUGCUCCAACAAUUAG